UCCAUUGUCUAAGGUAGUAGAUUUAUUUUUAAGAAAAAUCUCCCUCAUCCAUGGUCCCUAGAGAUUUGGGUGCUAAGAAAAAUCUCUUAUCCAAUUCAGGGUUGUAAGCUAUUCUCCCCAGCAAAAGCAUUGAUGACUUCUAGUGAAGCAGAGAGAAAUAUCUAGCUUUGGAAUAGAGGUUGCCAAACGGUAUUCCGGUGACACAUUAGAGACUGCAGGAAAGGGCCCCCACAGAAAUUGAUCAAUUUGGGGAGAGCUAGUUAGCAGGUAGGCCAUAGAACUUCCCAGUGACAUCAUCAGUAAGCCCUUCAUUGGACAAUCUAUGGUAUCUAAGAGAUCCCUAGAAUCUUCUGUGAUGUCAUCAGUGUUAUGGUGACACCAACUGCCUUUGGGAAUUUCCUUCAGUUCCCUUUGGGUUCACAAACAGGCAUGUUUCGCCAGCUGCUCAGGCUAUUUUGGAAGGAGAGUGGAGAACAAGGAGAGACCACUCCAAGGUGGAAGUAAGCUGACCUCCUGUCUAGUAAAACAGGAAGGAUGAAAUCAUUCUGGGGAAGACUUGGUGAGUCCUGGGCAGAGUUGGGGAACUUCCUCGAGGAGGUAGGUUUGAGAUGUGCCUUCUGUUAUACGUUUCAGGGCGAGGGCUCCUAUAAUAAAUGCUCUUUUCCUCCCAUGGGCCAUCAAAUAUGCAAAUUCACUUGGGUUUAUCUAUCUACAGGUUUUGGUAGGAAGGCAUCAUCCCAAACUGUCAUCAGUCAGCAAGAGGAGUGUCUAAAGGAACUGGAGGAACUCAAAUUUGAAAUCCAGAAGUGUCAAUUUGAGAGGGAUGAACUUUAUCAAAUCCUGGACCUUUAUAUCUAUGAUGAUUGGGACUACAGGCUGGAUAUCGAAUUGCCAAUAAGUCAAUCAGAACAUGAGAUGAGAAUGAUGGCUAUGCAAAUGAUGACCAACUCAAAAAGUUAUGCCGUGGAGAAGUACAAGGAGCUCAUACAAGUGAACAGUUCCUACCACAACACACACUUCCAAUUCCUGCGUGAAUGGACUCAAUUGAAGAACAAUAUAAGGAUUUUGCUGAAUGAGAACAGACAACUGCUGGUGGAGCAGACUAAACUGCCAGCAUCCUAUGAGAAAGCAAAGAGGUUCUGUGAGGAGGCCAGCAAUUACAUCUGUGUCCCCAGAGCCAAGCAACAGCAAGUAGGGUUAGGCCUCAGGGACAGGUUCUCCUCAUGUUUUAUCAUAAACAUAGACAAACCAAUGUAACUGUCCAUUACUAUUACAUGUACUGACCUAUGUCCCAUCCAAGUGUUCAUUUAUGUGAUCAUUUACAAGGCUUUCUGUGGAGAGAGCCCUUUUUCAAGAAACUGCAUGUUUGGAAAGCAAAUGCUCCUGCUCUUUGAGAAUCUGCAGUUUAUUAAGGGAGAUAGGUUGAUCACACAUCACAGCACUACAUGUCAUUAUGUGUGGAGGGUGCUAUGUGGGAGCCCCUCUUUAGACUAGCACAGGGCUUUGAGGGAUGAAGCAAAAGCCUGGAGCUCAUUUUCUUUACAGGGAUCAUGUGAGAUUCCAGGAAGGUAAGUAGUUUGAAGGAGGAGAGCCUGGUGGAAAUGCCAAAGAAAUGGUUCUCAUUGUCAUCUUUUGGUGGAUUUGUUCUUUCUCCCCCAUUUUCCCUGUAUAUCAAGACCAUCUCUUCAUGCUUCCUGAAUCAUGGGUACCUGACAGAGCCUGAGGAGCAGCAUGUCAGUCCUGUUUUGUUCGAGUGUUGCUGGAGAGUUCAUAUCUUGACCUUACACUCUGUAGAUGCUUGGAAAAGCAGGGAUGUGGAAAGGGGUUCUCAAAACCUGACAAUUGGCAUGAGAGAUUUGAGACUUCAAGAACAGAGUUAUCUACCCCCAUUCUCAUCAAGAAGAGUGCUAUCUAGGCCUUUUUAUUCCUCUCGGGAAAAAUGGCUGAGUAGUGAUUCUCUCUUAAAAUACCUGCUUUGAAUAGUCUAUAUUAUGUUGUUCCUCCAGCAUAAUGGAAACUUCAUUGUUUUAUGUUGUUCCUCCAGCAUGAUGGAAACUUCAUUGUUUUCUGCCGACUUCUGAUUUUUCGUG